GUAAACGCAACAUUGUAAACACCAGCGGUAUUUCAGUUAGACAUGCAGCUUUCAGCAUGAGAGCAUCUCACGCCAAUUACCUGUAGUAUUCUAGUCAGGUUAUUCCUGCAACAUCAAACUGUGUGUGACAUUCAGAUUGAGCUGACGAUGGGUGUGAAGGGCUUACAGUAUUUCAUGGAGGUGUGUUGCCCAGAUUCCUGUGUGCCAGUGGACCUCAAACAAAUGGCGGGAAAUCACCUCAAAGCCCAUCCGGACAGCACUGCCUCUUUAGUAGUGGACGCCAUGGCCUGUUUAAGAUAUUGGUAUCGCUGUCCGGCCUGGGUCCACGGAGGCCAGUGGAAAGAAUACAUCAACAUCCUUCAAGAAUUCAUCAACGCGUUCACAGCAGCAGGAAUACGAUUAAUCUUCUUCUUCGAUGGAACCGUCGAAGAGCGAAAGCGCUCAGAAUGGAUAAAGAGGCGUUUGAGAGUCAACCAAGACAUCGCCAAAGUAUUCCAGCACAUUAAGACACACAAUCAACAACCAAACAGCAGAAACCUCUUCUGUCUUCCCUCAGGACUUGCAACGUUCUCAAGAUUUGCUUUAAAAAGUCUCGGUCAGGAGACUUUCUGCUCGGUUCGUGAAGGAGAUUACGAGGUCGCGGAUUAUGCUCUGUCUCACAACUGCAUGGGGAUUCUCGGUCAGGAUACAGAUUUCGUCAUCUAUAACACUGUGCCGUAUUUGUCCAUCAGUAAACUGCAUUUAAACAGCAUGACCACUGUGCUGUUCUCCAGAGAAAAGCUGUGCCGGGUUUUGCAGCUUCACGUUCAUGAUCUCCCACUGUUAUCUUGUCUUUUGGGUAAUGACGUCGUUCAUGAGCAGCAAAUGCAGCGGCUUCGUAACAUCGCUUUGGAUUCGUAUCGGAUGAAAUGUAAGGAGGUUCAAGGAGACAGGGUGUACGCUGCCGCAGAGUUUAUUAACAUUCAUAAGCCCAGCUGUGAGGGAACGGUUGGUUUGUCUCAGCUUUCUUUGGUUAAGGCUGAGGAAGAAGCUCUGGAAAGAGGAAUAUGCAUGUAUUUGCUUCCAGGGCAAACGUCUCCAUGGGUAAAGCGAAGUGUUUGGUCUUCUGAGCCCACGUGUGCAAUGAGCGAGUUCGUGGCUGGUGAUAUUUUAGAGGCCGCAGUGGAGCAGCAUAGGCGGGCUGAGAGUUUCUUCAUCUAUAAUGUGUUGUAUGACGGAGUCGUGGAGUGCAGUAACACACUGGAGGACGAGGACGAGAUGGAGCUUCCACCACAGGCCAUCUUAUAUCUGCCCAUCCGGGAACGAAUAUACGGCAUUUUACUGCCAACGGAGCCAGAUGGUUCUGGCCACACUGUGUCUGUCAAGGAAUGGUUCGUCUUUCCAGGAAAUCCACUUAAAGAGCCCACCAGAGUCACUCCAAAACCCAUCCGUCAUCUGAAAGGGCCUCUUGAUCUGAGGUCUGUGUGGUUCAAGACGGACCCUGAGGUGAAAACAAUCAGAACAUCAACACUCCUGGACAUCUUUGACCUGUACGAGUUCACUGAAGAGCUGAAAUACUUUGACAGCCCUUUGAUUGCAGUGAUUUGUCUUGUAACCUACAUCGCCAUUCAGACGAGACAGCUUUCCCUGGAAGACGUAGAUGCAUAUCUGAGCCAGGCUGUUUGUGUCAGAUUCAAGUCCUUCAGAGAAACGCAACAGCUCAGGAUUCCUGUUGUAGACCCCAGGGCCGUCCAGCUCGGCUCGGUCUUUGUGCGCGGUCUGACCUACCUCAUCGCAGCCAACAGCGCUUGUGGUUUCCCGUUCCCAAUGGAUGAGCUCAUGCCAUGGAAGUGCUUCGACGGCCUGCUCUUCCACUCCAAGUAUCUGCAAGCCCACUCAGGCGCUUCAACGGAAGAGCUCCUCGAAGGCAAUUCCUCCUGGACGUCUUUGUUCCAGUCUGUCAAAGAGCUGGUGCUGGAAGUCUGCAGAAAGCACAACAGUCCCGUCCACAGCCGACCGCGCAGACGACAAUACAGAGACGUGCGGCCUGUGGAGGUUGAUGAUGAGCCUGGAGAAAGACGACCCCAGAUCCAUCAUCCCACACGCCAGGACUUCAGAGCUCCAGCACACCACCAGCAAGAUUAUAGGCCAAGAGCAAGACAUCCAAAGAGAGGAAGGUAUCACCUCGCACCCAGAUGGACCUAUUCUCAGAACUAAACCAGACUGACGGAUGAUAAAAUGAGUGAAUAGCCUCUGGUGGAAACUGUUGCCCUCUACAGAAUUAAGCAGCGAUGAACUGCAUUCAGAUGGGAAUGUUCAUGUUCUCGCUUGGCCUAAUUCAGUUCCCACCCUUUUGUUUUGACUGCAGAUAAUUAUUGACAGACGCCAAAGCUCAUGGACGUCUGCAUGAAUGUGCAGUUUUCAUACACAGACAGAGAUAACCCUCCCAUUCUGUGUUCAGUGAUAUCCUGAAAAGCCCUCAGAAUUAUAUCCUAUAGUGAGAUUACAGCCUAUUUUCUUCUUUUUCUUCUUCUUCUUCUUCUUCCAUGUGGAUAUGAAUCAGUGACCAAAAUGGAAGCUUCCUAAACCGUGUGCCAAACCCAUUCAUUCAGCACAGACACUAAUUAGUCUCAGAUGAUCUCUUACCUUUCAACUGCUGGUUUGGCAUCGACUCCAUUCGUUCGCAAUUACAACCAUUAUUUGACUCCCUCAACACGUUCAGAAUCUAGAUUUUCAAGCAGCCAUUCUUUUAAAAGGAAAUUGUUGAUAAUGUGUGUCACAGCAUCGAAAAAACGGUGGUCAAUGUGAUCCAAAGCAGCCGGAUGACGAGAUGAUUGGAAUAAAUUGUGGUUCUGGCACAUCACGACCCAAAUGCUCCCAGUUUAA